UGAAGACAAGCAGCAAGGAUUUUAGAUCUCUGUGUCUCAUUAUAGCCAGGGAUAGGCCUGAUAUCGUCCCUGGUGUACUUACAUGUAGAGAAGCCUAGUAUUCUUCAAGUAUCAUUUCAUAGUGAAUGCCAAUUAAAUGGAUUAUUAUUCGUUUAUGAUGGAGUGAGAACUAACCACUGGUAGUCGAUAGGUGUGUAGUUUUAUCGGGUGACUUGAGUCAAUGGCGGCUGGAAGCAGACGAUAGCUGUGUCGUCUGGUCGUGUGCAGGAAAUGCGGAAAAGCGUUAGUGGCGAUAAUUACCGGAUUCAUUUGAGCAAAUUUCGCCAAGGAAUGAAAUGGGAGAAUACGCCUUUCAGAGUUUCCGUUGAAUUCUGCAGACGACGGCGUGAGAAAAACAACCAGACCAUUAGGUGAGAACGGUUUCAGUUAUGUCACGGAUUGUUUGGAAUUUGUUAAAAAUAUGUAGCGACCUGCAUCAUUUCCGGUGAAAGGAAGCUGUGCACCAAGAUUUGCAACUUCCGUCCUUAUAUCAAUUUCCGGUAAAAAGUACCGCGAUAUCAUGAAACGCACGCGAUUGCAUAUUAGUGCCAAUCGGAGAUGCGGAUACUUAUCCAGCUGUAAAUCAUUGAAUCUCUAUACAUGUAUAUAUCUAUAUUUCGCGUGAUUUAUUCGAAUUAUAGCAAAAAACCGUCACGCGAUUGUCGUAUAUCUUAAGGCGACGUUGACUAGAAUGAUGUUGGCGUAUUGUUCCGGGUCAAAACCAAUGAAAGACGCGUUUGGGUGUGUAAAAAACAAAGCCAGUGCUUUUAUGGGAUGACUGGAGGCGCCAUAUUGAAGAAAAAACGCCCAUAGUAAUCAGAUUCCUUGUUACCGAAGUGUGCGUUGCGCAUAUAGAUUGCGCUCACCUCUCUACAAGUGGACACCCCGCUCGUACAACUGGCGGAACGUCCCCACGAUCAAACGGCCUACUCGUUGACAAUUUCGUUCGGCAAUUUCCGGAUUAGCUUACAAAUCAAUCAAGCUCUUCGUACAACCUGAAGUCUCCCUUGUAUCAUAUUUAUUAAAUAAAUGUUCUGGUAUUGUGACUUUAUUAGUGCAAGCGGGGAAGCCGCUAGUUUAUGCAAACACCAUUGGAAGGACUAAGCGCUUCGUCCAUGUGCGAAUGCACAACAAUGCUCUGGAUUAUACCAUUAUGGAUCAUACGUUCAUGAUAGAUACAUUUAAUAGGCGACAUAUCGAGAACUUAUUCAUGAUCAGUGCGGUCAACUUCAACGAGAUUUUCUAGAAUUUCAUUUUAUGGAGGCGAGUUUGAUUACCAUAUCGAUUCAGGCUAUUUAACCGUUAAUUUAGUUUCAAACGAAAUUAGACGAGAAUUUAUAUCUAAUCCAAGAGUAUAAGCGUGUGAAUUGAUAUCGGAAAUAUCAGUGCUUGGCUGGAGAUGUCAUCAAAUUAUUCUGGGAUAUUCGGAUGAACUUAUAAGGCCUAACUGUAUGAAAGGGUGCGUAUGAGGUUUGAUCCAAAGAACUAAUUAGAGAAAAGGUUUUCGACACCAACAUUUAUCGCUCAUACCUGUACGUUUAUCAGUUCUCUCUUUUUCAUUUCUCGAAGUUGUUAUUUUCCCAAAGGCUCCAAAAAGAGGAUAUAUUUCAAAUAGAAUUGGCAUGGUAAACGUCUGCGGUAGCGGUGAUGGUCACACUUACUCAAUCCACGCCUCUGGAUUCAAACUACCCCACCAAGAAUCCAGAUGAAAUCAUCUACCGCCGCAUGCGCACCAUGGCCAGCGGCGAGCAUCUCCCGAAUAAGGUGACGGAGGUGCCCAAGGAGGUUUUACGAAACUUCCCGCACUCCAAACGGGUUGGAAACUAUCUGUUGGGCCGAACUUUGGGCGAGGGAUCAUUCGCGAAGGUCAAGGAGGGUCUGCAUACGCUUACAGGAGAAAAGGUUGCAGUGAAAAUCAUCGACAAAAAGAAGGCAAAAGAAGACAGUUAUGUUCGAAAGAAUCUUCGCCGGGAGGGAAAAUUACUACAGGUUGUGCGUCACACGAACGUGGCGCAACUUUAUGAGAUAAUGGAGACGGAGAACUGUUACUAUUUGGUGCUAGAGCUCUGUGAGGGGGGAGACCUCAUGGAACAUAUUUGUAACAAGAAGCGUUUGGAGGAGAAGGAGGUGCGGAAGUACAUGAGGCAGAUAAUCUCAGCGGUGGAAUAUUUGCACAGGGCAGGGAUAUUGCAUCGGGAUCUGAAGGUCGAGAAUCUUUUACUGAGCCAAAACAAAGAUGUGAAAAUCAUUGAUUUUGGACUCAGUAACUCGGUGAAGGUAACUCACACGAAUGAUGGGUACAAGUUUGAUGAGUUCCUGGUGACCCAGUGCGGAAGUCCCGCCUAUGCCGCACCUGAGCUCCUGGCCAACAAGAAGUAUGGACCACAGGUGGAUGUCUGGAGCAUAGGGGUUAACAUGUACGCAAUGCUCACCGGCAACCUCCCGUUCACCGUUCACCCCUUUAACAUCAAGACGCUACAAAACAAGAUGACGAGUGGGGACAUGAACGCUUUGCCAGAAUCCAUCACUAGGGGUUGCCGGGAUCUUGUAAAGAAACUGCUAACCUCCGACCCCGAGAAGAGAAUUUCAUUACGCGAGGCCAUGCAGCACCCCUGGCUUACGGAAGGACGGAACAGACCCCUUGAACCCGCCAUGUUUCCAAACCGGCUUCGAGCAGAUGAACUCGAUCAAAACAUCAUUAAGCACAUGUCGCAGAACAUGGAUUUCAAAAUGAGUGAAAUCAUCCGCAUGGUGGUCAGCAACAUCCCGCACUCGACAACUGCGUCAUAUCACCUCUUCCGGCGGAAGCUAAUCCGCUACACGGCCGUGAUGAAUGUCAUGACGAAGGUGGCGGCGUCCGAUGCGAGGCACUCCGUCAGCAGUCUCCCCUCUGAUGGCAAGCCGCUCACUGCUCCUGUCCGUGCCGUGAAGCACUUAAACUCGCCAACGAAGAUAGUCCGUCCAACUCCAAUUACACUGGGUGCAAUGGUUGACCUCCAGGCUAAGCCGAUACGGACCGAGAUUGCUGCCACAGCUGCCGGUGACGGAAAGGACAGUGACGGUGACUUCUUAGAAAUCCAACUCUCCCGACGCCCGCCCGGCACACGACGGCGGGUGAUUCGCCGCCAGGUAAAGAACGACCGUAUCCUGACCAGGAUUCUGAACGUAAGGAACAAUAUCCCCGUCACCUCGCAAAGCACCGACUCGGACGUGGCCAUGGCCAAGAAUCCGGGAAUCACCACCGACGCCUUCCAGUUGGACAAGACAUCCAGCAAAAGUAAAAGACACCCGGAGCAUCGCGAAAUCAAACUGAAGCUUCCAGAUGCAAACAAGAAAACGUUACUUGUUUCCCACGACUGCAAAGGCGACCUUCCGUGGAAACACAAUUCUUCACGUGGCAGUCCUCAAAGCGAUCUACCUGACCUUAUUAAGAAGUUUGCCAAUGAUCCACGACCGGAGGAGAACCGAGAGAACAUCGUGAAGCGGCCUGUUCGGGAGGCCGGAGAAGGCAGGAGAGCCCCAGUCGAAGACGUUGUGGAAAAGGCUUGCGAUGCUACAGAGAGGAGUAAAGAGUCGCCAUGGAGUGGCUCGGAUAAAGAACCCGUGAUGCCAGGAUUUAAACAACACGUGACACCACGUGAAAGCCAGAACACACUGGCAGAGGUCAUUGAGAAGAGUGAUGGUGCUUCUUCAAGAGUCGUCACAAGGGAUUUCCCGCAAGCCGAACUUGUUGUUUUCAGUUAUGAAAACAACUCUGCCCAACACCUUCUCGAUCUUAACUCGACAACUGACGACUCGGAAGGCGCCCCGAGGAGCGACAAUAGGCCUUCGCAGGACGACAAUGACUGUUCCAAGAUGAACAGCAAUUAUGAUACCAAGACCCCAAUAAAAGAGGAUGGAGUUGAUUCGAGUUACAAUCCGGAUACGUGGAAAGACUACAUGUCAAAACGAAAGGUUGUGGAUAUCUCGAACUAUGAAACUUUUGCGCGUGCGCGGAGCAAAACCGUUCCAGUCUCUGCGUGUAUUGGUCAAUUUCCUACCAAGGAUUGUGUGAAAGAACUCAUGACACCCUGCAUCCCCACGGAGCAACAAAUCAAAAUACGGACACACAGCACACGAUCAAAUAAAAUGAAUCUUCAAAUGAAUCGUCCGGUUCAGCCACGGUAUUAUUACAACAGUCCAAUGAACCAUGAUCGCAUCUUGAAGCGACGAGAUACUCAAGAGAAUCGGCGCAGCGUCAGUUCUUCGCGGGACAGCGUGGCAGAUUCUUUAGACAUUGGACGGGGACUACCGCCGGUCGAACAGCCGCCCCAAGAUAACAACAAAUCGCACGUCGGAUUGCCGUCAAUAUCCCCAGCACCUGCAAAUAAAAGGACAUAGUUUUUAUGAUAUACUGAGAUUACAAUGUAGGCCACUUACCGUGAACUGGCAUAAGAUGCAUGGUCGGGAAAAUGAAAAUUUAGAUCGGAGAGGGCGUAUUUUUGGGGGCAAAAGGGCACUAUGGCACCCCCUGGGGACAUCAGGGUGAAGCGCCGUUCUAAAUAUGCCUAGACGAACACUCACCGUGACUAAUAGGGGGGGGGGGGGGGCUAGUAUACUAGGCAGGUCCGAUUAAGUUACACGAUGUUGACACGUAGGGGUCACUCCCAUCACACAAUACAUUGAAACCUUUUAGGGAUAUGCAUGUGCCAAAGGAAUACAUUUAUCGUUGAAUCAAACAUGACCCAGUUCUUCACCUAAAAACAGCGGAUUUCAGACGCAUAAAUAACUCUUGCUUUCAGAAAAAUGUGAAACGGGCAAACACGUGCAUAUGUAGGGAUAACUGCUGUAAAUGUUAAUAAUAAAAUAACCCAUUUUCAAACCUGUUUU